CCCUGGGGUGCCUGUCUGGGGAGGUGCCCUGGUCACCAGACAGCACCAGCCCCCACGCCCCCGGGCCCGAAGCCACACGCACUCACCUGGGUCUAUGGCCACAGUUGGGGAGUGGUCCUGUGCGCGCUGCACCUUCCUGAACCCAGCCGGCCAGCGCCAGUGCUCCAUCUGCGAGGCCCCCCGGCACAAGCCCGACCUGGACCAGAUCCUGCGGCUCAGUGUGGAGGAGCAGAAAUGGCCCUGUGCCCGCUGCACGUUCCGGAACCUCCUGGGCAAGGAGGCCUGCGAAGUGUGUGGCUUCGCUCCAGAGCCUGUGCCUGGGGUCCCCUUGCUGCCGGUCGCCAACGGGGCCCUGCCCAAGCCACCCACUGUGCUGCUGGAGCCCAAGGGCCACUGUGAGGACGAGGUGGGUGCAGUGCAGACUGAAGCGUCUGCAGCCAUGGAGCCAGCCCCAGGGCACCCUGAAGAGCCAGAGCACAAAGGGGCGUCAGAGCCUGGAGGUGGCUGGGCCUGCCAGCGCUGCACACUGCACAACACACCCGUGGCCAGCUCCUGCUCAGUUUGCGGGGGCCCCCGGAAGCUCUCGCUGCCCAGGAUCCCUCCUGAGGCCCUGGUGGUCCCCGAGGUUGUGGCCCCUGCCGGCUUCCAUGUCGUACCUGCCCCUCCCCAGCCAGGCCUCCCUGGGGAAGGUGCUGAGGCUGACCACUCUGCCACCAGCCAGGGCUCGACUACCGUCGACCAGGAGCCCCCAAGGAUACUGCCUUUCAGCCCCUUCUCACCCACCCUGCAGAACAACCCCGUGCCCCGCAGCCGCCGGGAGGUCCCCCCACAGCUGCAGCCACUGGUGCCUGAGGCCACUCAGCCCUCUCCCUCCCCUGGCUCCAAGGGGCCCCCCCAAGGCACAGGACAGGCUGGGACCUCCCGCCUGGCUGAGCUGCUGUCAGUCAAGCGGCUGAGUGUGCUGGAGGAAGAGGCAGCAUAUGGUAGCCCUGCCUGCGGAGAGGCCUGCAGCCCCGCCCCAGGUGGCGACGUCAUCGACUUGGCGGGUGACUCUGUGCGCUACACCCCCGCCAGCCCCUCCAGCCCCGACUUCACCACCUGGUCGUGUGCCAAGUGCACACUCAGGAACCCCACUGCGGCCCCCAGGUGCACAGCCUGUGACUGCUCUAAGCUGCACGGCUUCCAGGAGCACAGUGAGCCCCCCACCCACUGCCCUGACUGUGGUGCUGACAAGCUUGGCCCCUGUGGUGGCAGCUGUGGACGGAUCUCCUCGGCUCACAAAGCUGCCCGCCUCUUGCCUGAGCGCCUGAGCCAGUGGGCCUGCCCUGCCUGCACCCUGCUCAACACAGCCCGGGCCAAGCACUGCGCCGCCUGCCACACGCCCCAGCUCCUGGUGGCCCAGCGCCGAGGGUCCGUGCCACUGCGGCGCAGGGAGAGCAUACAUGUGGAGAAGCGGCGGCAGACAGAUGAGGGCGAGGCCAAGGCCCUCUGGGAGAACAUCGUGGCCUUCUGCCGGGAGAACAGCGUGAACUUUGUGGAUGACAGCUUCCCCCCUGGGCCUGAGUCUGUGGGCUUCCCUGUGGGUGACAGCGUCCAGCAGCGUGUGAGGCAGUGGCUGCGGCCCCAUGAGAUCAACUGCUCCGUCUUCAGGGACCAGGGAGCCGCGUGGUCUGUGUUCCACACUCUCCAGCCCUCAGACAUCCUGCAGGGGCUGCUGGGGAACUGCUGGUUCCUGAGCGCGCUGGCAGUGCUGGCCGAGCGGCCUGACCUGGUCGAGCGGGUGAUGGUCACACGCAGCUUGUGUGCAGAGGGUGCCUACCAGGUGCGGUUGUGCAAGGAUGGCACAUGGACCACGGUGCUGGUGGACGACAUGCUGCCCUGUGACGAGGCUGGCUUCCUCCUCUUCUCGCAGGCGCAGCGGAAGCAGCUGUGGGUGGCCCUCAUCGAGAAGGCGCUGGCCAAGCUGCACGGCUCCUACUUUGCGCUCCAGGCGGGGCGCGCUAUCGAAGGCCUGGCCACACUCACCGGCGCCCCCUGCGAGAGCCUGGCGCUGCAGGUCAGCUCCACUAACCCCCGCGAGGAGCCCGUUGACACUGACCUCAUCUGGGCCAAAAUGCUGAGUUCUAAGGAGGCUGGGUUCCUCAUGGGCGCCUCCUGUGGGGGGGGCAAUAUGAAGGUGGACGAUGCCGCCUACGAGGGCCUGGGCCUGCGCCCCCGCCAUGCCUACUCCAUUCUGGAUGUGCGUGACGUCCAAGGCACCAGGCUGCUCCGGCUCCGGAACCCAUGGGGCCGCUUCUCCUGGAAUGGCAGCUGGUCAGACGAGUGGCCACACUGGCCAGGGCACCUACGUGGGGAGCUCAUGCCCCAUGGCAGCAGCGAGGGUGUCUUCUGGAUGCAGUACAGUGACUUCAUCAGGUACUUCGACUCUGUGGACAUCUGCAAAGUGCACUCGGACUGGCAGGAGGCACGGGUGCAGGGCUGCUUCCCCAGCACGGCCAAUGGGCCUGUGGGCGUGACAGCUCUCACGGUGCUGGAGCGCGCCUCGCUGGAAUUCGCCCUCUUCCAGGAGGGCAGCCGGCGCUCAGACACCGUGGACAGCCACCUCCUGGACCUGUGCAUCCUGGUGUUCCGGGCCACCUUUGGCAGCGGCGGCCGCCUGAGCCUGGGCCGCCUCCUGGCCCACAGCAAACGUGCCGUCAAGAAGUUCGUCAACUGCGACGUCAUGCUGGAGCCCGGCGAGUAUGCCGUGGUGUGCUGUGCCUUCAACCACUGGAGCCCGACCCCGCCAGGGCCCCCCACUGCCGUGCAGGCCUCCAGCACCUCGGCAGGGGUUCCGCGCGGUGCCCCCGAGCCGCCUGGCCACGUGCUUGCUGUGUACAGCUCGCGGCUGGUCAUGGUGGAGCCGGUGGAGGCCCAGCCAACAACGCUGGCCGAUGCCAUCAUACUGCUCACUGAGAGCCGCGGCGAGCGCCACGAGGGCCGUGAGGGCAUGACCUGCUACUACCUGACGCACGGUUGGGCGGGGCUCAUCGUGGUGGUGGAGAACCGGCACCCCAAGGCCUACCUGCACGUGCAGUGUGACUGCACCGACAGCUUCAACGUGGUGUCCACCCGCGGCAGCCUGCGCACACAGGACAGCGUCCCGCCCCUGCACAGGCAGGUCCUGGUGAUCCUGUCCCAGCUGGAGGGCAAUGCCGGCUUCUCCAUCACCCACCGCCUGGCACACCGCAAGGCAGCCCAGGCUUUUCUCAGCGACUGGACAGCCGCCAAGGGCACCCACAGCCCCCCUCUCACGCCUGAGGUUGCCGGCCUGCACGGGCCCCGGCCGCUGUGACUGCCGAACCCACACGCACUUUACGAGGGAGACCCCGACGGAGGACGCUUGAACCAGAAUCUCAGGACCCUGCCCAGGGAGCUGCUAGCCGCAGGGUGCCGCUUCCCAUGGGCCCCCCUCCCUGCUCCACUCCACCCCACUCUGAGCACCCACAGUCUGUCUAGCCAGGCCUCCCAGCCGCCAAGCAGAAUACCUCGAGUUGGAUGGGCUUCUCCCGCCCCUCUGACCUGCCAGCCACGGGAACAGCUUCCGACAGGUGGGGCCAUGGCAGGGCUGCCCCUUUCCCGUGAGCAUGGGUGAGGCAGCUGGAGCUCUGUUCACAAAAUCAAAUCUGGGUGGUCAGAGGCCAAAACCUUGCAGUGAUACCAGGGACCAGCCCUCUGUGGGGCAGGAGGUCAAAGCCUUCUCAGUUUGUCCCAGAGCCCAGCUCCCUGCCCCCCACGAGGGGGUCCCUGGGGUCUGCACCGGCCCCAGAGCUCUGGCCUCUGAGCAGCACGUCCCAGGAGGCAGGGGCCUGGUAGCCCUGGUCUGGGCUUGGGCCCGGAGGAGUACCGUGCAGCUGCCCCCCAGCGACACUAUGCAAUUCCCAGGGCGCCGCCAGGAUGGAAGCCAUGAUGGGGUGGCAGGUGGAGAGCCAGCCCCUGCCCUGAAGCCUGGAGAGGGGCUUGUCCUCAGCACCACCUGAUGCCGACCAACGGGGCAGGUUCCAGCAGAGUCCUGGGCCAGCCCUGCCUCAGGGCCUUGGCUCUGCCACAAAGAGGGGACCCCAGCUCCCUCACAGGCACAUGCAGGGUGUGGCCACUCUCCCCCCACCCAGAAGCCCAGAGAGCUGAGCCACCCACCUGUCCAGGGACCCCCCACUGCUUGUCAGGGCCAGAGCCCUCAUCUGCCCCGUGGACAUCUGAGCCUAGCAUCCUGUGGCCCCCAGGCAGUGGCGCCAGCCAGCCCCCAGCCCUCACAUCCCUUGGGGGGGGUUUUACACCUAGAGAAACAUUCCCCUCUCCCCUUUGGGCCUCCUUUUACUCUGAGCUGUGAAUAUUUUUAACCCUGUAAAUACGGCCAGCUCUUCUGACACAGAGACUAUUUUAUCAACUGUCAGCUUCUCCUUGUAUGAUAUGAUUCUCCAUGGGUGGUUUCCAGACUCAGGCUCCAGUGGACCAAAUAAAAGCGUUUUGUUUUGUAAGGACA